UAUUCCUCCGUUUAAACCCAUUAUAUGAGCUUCGAAUAAUGUUCGCUGAAUUUAUGCUUCCUGGACAAAAAUUCAAUUGGUCAUUUGCAUAUUCUGAUGACCUUUUGUUUGACCCUACUUCGGCCAUUUCGGAUGAUGAUGGCGGACGCCAAACCGAAGUCCAGUCGUGGAAGAAAACCCACGUUAACUGACUCUGGGCGGAAAAGAAAGAAAAAGGAAACUAACGCUUUGAUAAACCGGUCGAGGGUAUAUGUUGGUGAACAGUACAACCGUUGGAAUGAAUUAAAGACGACCCUCCGGCUACAAACGCAUAGUGAAGUUGCCAAAGUUCUUCUCGAUCGGUAUGAUCAGAGUGAAAAAGAUACCGAACUGCCAGUUAAACAGAAAAGCAAUGCUGUUGUGGCAACUCCUGAUUUGACAGCAAAACAUGGUCUGACAUCAACACCAGGACCUAGUCAUCAACAUAGUGUUCAAAUUCCAAUAGAUGUUUCAGAGAUCUCCAACACAGAUACAGAUAGUGAUGGGGCAAUAUCAGGAAUACAGGCAUUACCAACAAAAAGGCCUAGAAAGGAAAAAUCAAAGCUAUCAAGCAGUUUUCUUGAUCCAUUUGAGUUGUCAAUUAUAGAUAUAUCUGAAUCAGAAAGCCAAAAUGAAAGCCACAGGUCUGAUGAGGAUUAUGACCCAAGUUUUAAUAUCACUAUAAGACCAAACAAUGAUGAUUUUGAUUCUCUAAAGAUUUGCAGUGGUGUGAAUGAUGAUGGUUCUGAUGAUGAUGAUGAUGAUGAUGAUGAUGAUAUUAUGGAAGAGGGGGGUGUGGAUCCAGGCCCUGAUUUGAUUAAAAUAACAAGUAUCAACCCUGAGAAGUUGACCUCAGAUCAACCAUUUCUUGUUUAUUACCAGUGUUUAAUGCAAUUGAUUGAUAUAUGCAUCCAGGGAAAAUGUAAGGAAUGUGGAUCAGAUGUAGACCUGACAAAGAACAUCAUUGGGUCAGCAUUACAUUUGAAAUGGACAUGUAGAAAAGGACAUGUUAUCAAGAAAUGGUGCUCGCAGCCGAUAUUGAAUAGGAGGAUGCACAGUGGGGAUCUGAUGUUUGCAUCUGCUGUCCUGCUUUCAGGGAACAACUUUCAAAAAAUUUCUUUAUUUGCAAAGUUUCUGAACUUGCCCGCAAUCAGCAGCACAACAUUUCACAAGAUUCAAAGAACUUACCUUAUACCAUCAAUUGAUGACUUUUGGUUAGAAAAGCAGGAAGAAACCAUCAAUCUUUUUCGUGGUCAGGAAUUGGUCAUUCUUGGUGAUGGUAGAAUGGACAGCCCUGGGCACUCAGCGCAAUACUGUUCCUACACAUUCAUGGAAUAUACCACAAAGAAGAUCCUUUGCAUAAUUACUAUGGAUAAAAGAAUGACAGACCUAAAAAGUACAAACUUAGAGAAAUCUUGCUUUGUAAAAGGACUGCAGUUUCUUCUGAACAGGGGUUUGAAAGUUGUUGAAGUUGUAACUGAUGCUCACGUACAAGUUGCUUCUAUCAUGAAAAAAGAUUACCCAAAUAUUUGCCAUUCAUUUGACAUCUGGCAUGGUACUAAAAAUUUGGGAAAGAAAAUAAUGUCAAUUGGACAAGAGUCAAAUAAAAAAGAAUUACUGCCAUGGACAAAGGAUAUCAUGAACCAUUUUUGGCAUGCAGCGCAAGUUAGCGAUACAUAUGAGACGUUCAUAGGCAUAUGGUUUGGAUUGCUUCACCAUGUCACUGAUGAGCAUGAGUGGAUUCUCUCCUACAGUGACAAUGGCAUAAAUGCCUGUCAGCAUGGUCCCCUGACUGAGGAAAGAACGAAGGGAUGGCUGAAAAAGGAUUCCCCUGCUCACAUUGCUUUACGCCAUGUUGUCAUGGAUAAGAGACGCUUAAAUCAGAUACACUACUAUUUAAACUGCAGGAGUACUGCUGAGCUUGAAAACUUUCAAAAUUUGAUUUUGGUGUAUGCCUCUAAAAGAUACUCGUACGGUCCACCCACGUACAGGGCACGAAAUAGACUUGCAGCCUUGGAUCACAACGGGCAUUUGGAAAGGGAGACAAAGAUUAACAAGGAUGGAAGUGUUAGGUAUCAGAGAUCCUUCAACAAGAAAAGUGGAAUAUGGUCCGUCCACGAAUUGAAGGAGGAUAAAACUUAUAAUUACAUCCAAUCUCUGGUUGAAAAGAUUGUCCGAAGAAGAUUAGAUGAUGAAGAAGGAAUGAGUGGAAAUGUUGUUUUGGAAGCAGAUGAUCCAAGAAGAAUAUCGAAGACUCUGGCCCGCAUUCCUCCUCCCCCAACUGCACAACUUGUGAAGGAGAGGAAGUCACGAUUUGAAGAUCCAGACAAAACAUUAGACUAUUCAUGGGACUCUUGAAGUUAUUUUAUUAUACCCCUGCUCUGAAGGAGAAAUGGGUAUACUGUUUUACCUGUGUCCGUCAGUCCGUCCGUCUUUCCUUCCAUCUGUGUCCGUAACAAAAAUUUCUGUCGCAUUUUUCUCAGCAAGUAUUUAUCACAGAUGCUUGAAAUUUUAACUUAUUGUUUGUUUAGGCAUGCCAUAUGGUGGGAUAUUUUUUUGUACCAAUCGGACGUCAACUUCCUGUUAAAUGACAACUUUGUUUAUUUUGCAUAUUCACAUUAGAGCGGGGGUAUUGAUAGUGAGCAUUAGCUCACAGAUAUCUUGUUGUAUAAUACAAUGCAUGCUAAAGGACUGGAUACAAAUUCUUACAAAACAAUAUUAUCAUUCUAUGCUGAGUAUGUACUUUAUAUGUCACUUGAAACAUAAAUGAAUCCAUGUACAUGUAUGUUUGAACAAAAGCAGAAAAAAGAAGAAUUAAAUAACAGACUGUUAAAUUUUAAAA